CAUAUAUCACAUCUCUCGUAACCUCAACUACAAUCACAUUUAUCUCAGUCUCUCAACACUCUCAUCCACAAUGGCUUCCAAGAUUGAUGUCCACCACCACGUCUACCCGCCCAUGUACUCUCAAGCUCUCCAAAAGACUGGAGGUGACCCAUCAGGCUGGUAUGUUCCGGAGUGGACCGUGCAGGCCGACCUCGACCUAGCCAAUGCUGUCGGUAUCAAAAAGUCCAUCCUAUCCGUCACGGCACCCGGACCUUCAUGUGUCGGAGAUUCUUCCGAGGCCAUUUCCCUCGCGCGAGAUUGCAACGACUAUGUGUCUCGCCUUCGUGAUGAACAUCCUGAAAAAUACGGCUUCUUCCUCGUCCUCCCUUCUCUUUUCGACACCGAAGCCUGUCUCAAGGAAAUCGCCCGCGGUAUGGAUGAGUUACACGCCGAUGGUGUGGUUCUCUAUUCACGUUACGGCCCUGGCAAUGGUUAUCUCGGCCAUGAAAGUUUCUUGCCCAUCUGGAGGGAAUUGAACAAGCGCAAGGCUGUCGUGUUUGUCCACCCGACUCAUGCUGUCGAUAGGACGUUGGUCAACAGCAAAUUGCCCCAGCCUGCGUUUGAUUACCCCCAUGAGACUGGCCGAACAGCCAUUGAUCUUAUCACCUCGGGAAGGCUGAUCAACGACUGCGCAGACUGCAAGAUCAUCCUAUCUCACGCUGGUGGCACCCUUCCAUCUCUUAUCGGUCGUGUAUCUGGCCUGUUACCAUUUACGCCGAUGGGUAAAGAGUAUUUGCCUGGUGAUAUCAGGUCUCAGGCUAGGAGGUUUUACUAUGAUACGGCGUUGUCCAGUGAUGUGGCUACAUUGAAGGGAUUGUUUGAAGUCGCGGAUCCGACUCAUGUUUUGUUUGGUAGUGAUUUUCCGAAUGCUCCGAAUGAAUCUAUCUACUAUUUUACGAAUUUGUUGAAGGAUGUUGGUAAGUCUAUUGAUGUUGAUGUGGAGGAUAUUUAUUUUAAGAAUGCAAUGAAGUUGUUCCCAGGGUUGAAAUAGAUCCUUGGAUGACCUUGAACUUAUAUAAAGUAGUUAUACUAAACGAGGACGGUUUU